AUGGCUUCCUCUCCUUCAGAGCAUCGCAGCGACCCGCACCAAACCAUCACCAUCAAGGGGAAAGCUCCACCUCUCUGGGCACUGCUCAUCGGCAUCGACAAAUACACCCAUCCAGAAGUGAAAGACCUCAAAGGCGCUGUGGCUGAUACCGAAGCAGUCCAAUCAUUCUUAGAACAUGACCUCUUCGUGCCCUUCGAGCAGAUCAGACGCCUCCACAACGAGGAAGCCACGCGCGAUGGUAUCAUAAAAGCAUGGUCCGACUUACAAAAGGACGACCUCAUCCAUAAAUAUGACCCUAUUCUUGUUUAUUACUCUGGCCACGGAGGCUCGAGCGACGCCCCUGAGGGUUGGUCGGUGGAAAGCAACGCUGAAAAGAUCCAGUGUCUUAUACCUCACGACUAUGGGGUGAAGCAAUCCGAUGGCAAACCCCAGCAGCCUAUCACAGAUCGCGCUAUAGGCCACCUCAUCAAUGAGUUAGCCGAUAGCAAGGGCGACAACAUUACCAUCAUCUUCGACUGCUGUCACUCGGCCUCUGGCACGAGAGCGGAUCCGCCCGAUCCUACCCUUCUCGUCCGUGGUAUCGAAAUCAACCCUCUUCCUCCCGACGUCGACGCAGAGUUCAAUCCGCGAGGGAUCGCCGUUGCACCUGAAUCUCGACACAAGGCCUUACGGUCGCACGUUUUAUUAGCGGCAUGUGGAGCAAAGGAGAAGGCUAUCGAAAGGCAAGGCAGAGGACGGUUUACCCAUGCGUUACUAAGAACGUUCAGGAGCCUUGGAGUUGAGAGGGCCACAUACUAUGAGGUUAUGAAGAGGAUUCCGCUUUCGCAGUUGCCAGGGCAGAACCCACAAUGCGAAGGUAAUAACCAGGGUCGGAUCGUUUUCAACGGAAUGGCACCUGGCCGUGGACGCAAAAUGUAUCCCGUCAGGCAACUUUUAGGAGGACGAGGCUACUUGAUGCGGGCGGGGGCUGCUCAGGGCGUCACCAAACACAGCCGGUACGACGUCUAUCGCGAUGCUAGCUCCGCCGAGGACGAGUCUACCCCUCUCGGGAGCUUGAUUGCGACGAACGUGUCCCCGCUCAUGACAGAGCUCGUCGCUGCCCAAGACAGCACCAGACUCGAGCUGCAGGAACCGGCCUGGGCGAUGCAGACUCACGCUGGAGAUGAAGAGGAUCUACGUGUCCAUAUUGCGGAUGACAGGAGGCUCGUCACAUUAUUCGAAGAAAUUUACGAACGAAUGAAUUCCACCGCCGCCAACACGAAACAAAUCGUCCUAGUUGACAAGGACACUGCGGAACUCGAUAUCGCACUUGACGACUCUGGCCAGGUCGUCUUCAACAUAACCAACGACCUGUGCGUCCAGUAUGGGCUCACCGUUAUGCCCUACACCGUCCCUCCCACCGCCGGAGAUGUCCAUCCAAUCCUCCAGUCCGCCGCGCAUUUCUACUGGCAUCUUCGUCGUUCGAACGCGUCCUUGAAGGAGCAACCUCUCCGUGAUAUGGUUGAAGUCGAUGUUUUCAGGUUGCAGGAAUCCCCGGACGAAUGGGUUGAGGGGUCCCCACUCAUGCACAUCCCGGAUGACGGUGCAGAGAACCUCAAUGUGGCCAAUGCUGUAGACAUGGUCGUGGACGACGCACUCUACGGCGUCAAUAUCAAAAAUAAGGGGCACGUUGAUCUAUACUGCUCUGUGUACUACUUCGAUAUGAUGCCGUAUUAUGAGCCCCCAACAGGACCAGGAGAGGUAGAUGCGCCCCUUCCAUCAGGAGGAUCGUUGGCAAUAGGUUACGGUACGGGUGGCAGCGCCCCGCACAAGUUUUUUCUGCGGGAUAACCAAGACAUCGACGUUGGCUUCGUGAAAAUAUUCAUCACGACGCACCCAGUGAGUCUCUCGGACAUCGAGCAGAUAUCACCUUUUCCGGACGCGGAUGAUGGUACCGUUAGGGCGCCAUUUGUCGCAGAGAAAGAAAAGUCGCUUGCGUCGUGGGAUACUAUCAUUGUGAUGUUGGUUCAGCGGAGAUAUGCCCUUCAAGAUGACGCAGACUGA